GCAUGCUGGGAGUGCAGGGUAUUCCGCUCGCGGUGUAUGCUGGGAACAAGCUGCCUGUGAGGGAGGCGGAGGAGCGGCCCGGCCCGACUGCAGACGCGUCCAGACGACGGGAAGACAUGGCCGGCGCUGCGCCGCAGUCGCUCUUCUUCCUCGCGCUUCCAGAUCUGCGCCAGCUCUGCGCUGUCGGGGUGCUGCUGAGGGGCGCGGGCAGCGAGGCGAGGGGCCUGCAGAUGACCCUGUGCAGGCAGUUGCUGUUUUUGCAUCAAGAUAUUCUUACAUCACCUGUGCCUGGAGUAGUAAACCAAAUUUGGGUGGUGAUGGCGGUACCAUUUUAUAAAGCUGGAAAACUUAAUGUCUAUAUUGAAAAAUAUGGAGCUAAGAUGGAGGCUGCCCAAAGAGUACUUCCAGUAAUUCUUCAAAACUGCCUUUCAUAUUCACUGAUGGCUAGACUCGCUCCAGCCUGGAAUAAAACGGGCCAUCUCCUGGUGCAAGGAAGAGAGUUUCUUUCUCAGGCGGGAAAGCAAAAUGCUGUUGUACUAGACAUCAAUGUAACAGAAACUCACAUUUGUCUAAGCAUAGAAGUUUAUACAAUCAGACUGCCGCCGCCUGAGCUAAGCGACUUUGGUAUUUCUCAGAGAGUAAUAAAGGAUUUUGAGACUAAUACGGAUGCUGUCAUUGAGGGACAUUCGAUUUUAAGCAACUGGUGCUACAUUUUGCCAAGUAUGAAAAUGGGACAAGUACUAAGUGUUCUUCACACCAUGCCCCCGGACUGUCCUUUUCACUCCUUCGAUGAUUUCCGGAUGCACUGGGACACACUGUAUGGCUAUAAGCUUCCAGAAGAUUGUAGAAAUUCAAAAGUGUACUGCAGCAUCUACUUCAAAAUGAUAGGAGGAAGGACCUUCACGUACCCUCUCAGCUGCAUCAGAAGCCAACCCGUGCAGUUCUUUCCAAGGGUGGAUCUGGAAGGUGUAUUGAAAAGUUUUCUUUCAGAUUUAAAAUCUAAGCUGCCGCACAUAUGUGGGUUUCCCAUAAAGAUGACAGCUGAGCCGUGCUACCACACGCGUGAGCUCACGAAGCCGUCUGCGCAGGAAAGCAAAGUCAAGCCACCCAAUCUGACCACUAAAAGAAUGUUCCCUCCCUCCCGGACUCUGGCCCCUUCCACAAGACCCGCCUCCGCUCCAAGUCUUCCGCAGGGUUGGGUAGCAGAGGACCGCCAGGUGGCGCCGCCGGCCAGCCAGCCGAGCCCUGGUGUGUCCUCCACUCCUGCCGCCCAGCCAGGAUCUGCCCAGAGCAGAAAGAAAGCCCUGCCCAACCAGGCACAAGUGCCCUUGGAAGUUCCAGUGCCCAGCGGGGGAAAGACUCGAGUGCAAGACACAAAUUCUAGUUCCCAGAGUAAUGUCGCCCCUAAGUUCAUACCAGUUUUCAAAAAUUGCUUGUCAGGGUCAAACAAAAGUGUCUUACAUCCUGGCCACCAGAAAAGAAAAUCAUAUGUUGUUGCAGAACCUAAGUUGUUUUCACUGAAUACCAGUGUGAUCCAGGGCGACAAGGCCAAAUUAGGUCCAACUAUUAAAAAAAAAUCUAAUCGGAACAUGCAGAUAAGUGCUGGGGAUUUAAGUAAGCCUUCUGGGUCUCUGCCCGAAAGAAAUGCGCAAUCCCACGAAAAUGUAACAAAAUAUCCCCCGUCUAGUGGAAAAUUAUCCACUGGGAGUAAACUACUCUCUAAUAGCUCAGUAUUUCAGGUGGCAAAUAAAGAUUUAGGUGUAAUGACAAAUGCUGCUGACUCCCAGAUAAGCAGAAAAGAAAUUUUAAGAAGCAAAUAUAUAACACAGGUCGUAGGGAAAGGCCACGAGUCACUGAAUGUGAAAAAACAUCCACAUAUUUUUGAAUCAGACUCAGAAGAGCCCCAACUCCUGCAGCAGCAAUCUGUAGAUCAAACUGAAGCUGCAGUAGGUGACCCCAGAUCAAAACCAAGCAAAACAGCUCACAGGUCCAAAAGAAAAGUAUGUCAAGAAUCUUCACAGCCGUCAAAGAAGCCUCAUUGCAAUGCUGCCCAUUUUGGACCGUCCAGUGCUUCUAGGGGCCAGAGACGUGAGUCGGAUAAGUCAAAACCCAAGAAAUCCAUCGUCCUUCGUCCAGCUGAUGUGGAUGUAAAAGAAGGAAAUGUCCGCCAGAGAAGAGAUUCCGGACAAGUUUGCUGUGCUCAGAUUCACCAGAGAGAUCGAUGAAGAUUUUGGUUCAUUUGAAAGAUUGUGUUGAAGACCAGGAUAAUUCCACAUCCAAUUAAGGAAAACCAAAUUGUAUUCCCUUGUUCCAAUUUUUAGUCAUUUAUAUGCAUUGUGGGCCUCCUCCCCCCAGAUUAUUUUUCAUAUUCCAAAAAAUGUAUGUUAGUUUCAGAACCAUUAUAAUUUUAUAACCAUAAGUAAAUGAUUUAAAGUCUGCCUGUAUCCAGAAUCUUAAAAUAUUAGCCAAAGUUAAUGCUGAAAGCCAUCUCCAUAGAAAUACAAAAAUGCUUUCCACCUACUGUGUAUUUUCAGUAUUUGUUGCUUACUGUAUUUGUGUUUGGUUUUAUUUAUAGUUUUAUUAUAUACUGCUAACAUCCAUUACUUAUAUUUGUAUUUGUUGUUUAUUUACUAUAGCAUAUAGGUAAAAAAUACGUGUUUAUAAACUAGUUCUCUGACCAGUUUUUG